CGAGUGGCGUUUUCUAAGGAAAACACUAGUUUCCACGUCUGCGUUCUCGUAUUCAGACGUAUUUGAUGCGCGUGUACUUGGCGAUAAAUUUGUGUUGUAAAAUUAUAAUAGCAGAUUAUCUCUGAACGUCAUGUACGUUGCUUAAACACGAAGGUAUUAUACACCGGCUAAAGAAAUAUGAUACGCAUAGUGUGGCCAGUUUUGUUGUUAGUGCUGAUUUCAAUCACUACAGAUGUCAAUGCAAAGAAAUCACGACAUCACAGACUUCAAGAAAUCCAUAGCAGUAAUACACUGACACCCGUGACUAAUGAUGGCAUUUUGCCUUUGCCGACAAUGAAAGCUGGUGACGAGUAUAUAGAAUCAGAAGAAGACGCGGAAGAAGAUGAUGACGGUGAUGAAAACGAAGAAGAUGGCGAGGAAUCAGCCGAAGUAUUGGAAAAACAGAAUCCUUGUCUUGUGCAUUACUGCGGCCGAGGUGAAGAGUGCGUGGCACUAGGUGGUGUUGCUCGUUGCAUAUGUGUAAGGAAAUGCGGUCAAGUUAAACGCCGAGUGUGCGGCACGAACGGACAGUUGUACGACAAUAGAUGUGAACUGCACAAAGCCGGCUGUUUAAACGGUGUCAACAUAGAGAUAGACCAUUCCUUAAAAUGUUUCAUACCUUCAGCAUCAAAGGCCAAGGACGUCCGAUUACUACCGAAAACCGAAGACAAUACCGUAGAGUUCGAAACUAAAUCAAAAGGAAAAAAGUCUUGUGGCUCUCCACAAUAUGAAAUCAUGAAGGACAAUUUGUUGCUGAUUAAUCAUGCCAAACUUAUGUACCAAAAGAGUUGGAACGGCGGUAAGGAAUACAUGGUCAGCGCGUUGUUUCGUUACUUGGAUCUAGAUGGCGACGGAUUCUUACAACAGGAGGAAUUGGAAAAAAUAACUAAACAAGAUAAACUCAACGAUGUAUCAAACGUUUGCGUUAUGUCCGACAUGAUUCGCUUUGAAGACAUGGACAAAGAUGGCCGCUUGGGAUUGAACGAAUUUUACGCAGCUUUUAGUAAAUUGUACAGUUUGUCAGUGGUCACUUUAGAGAAAGCACUCGAAGUAAAUAGGAUAUCCGCAAAAGUGGGCGACAACGUAGAGAUCCGUUGUGACGUUAGUGGCAAUCCACCGCCUCCGAUCGUUUGGAAACGGUAUUCCGCCGAUCUAACAACUCUAGGAGAUGAAGACGUGAGGGUUUUCAGUGAUGGGUCGUUAUACCUCACUAAAAUUCAAUUGGUCCACGCCGGUAAUUAUACAUGCAGAGCAUUGAGAAACUCGGAAGUUACACAGACACAUGUCUUGACCGUUCACACUUUACCUGAGGUUAAAGUCACGCCUAGAAUCCAAUCGCGAAGACCCGGUGAAAAGACUUCGAUGUUUUGUCAUGUAAUCGGAGAACCUUUCCCUGAGGUGGUUUGGUUGAAAAACGAAGAUCGUCUGAAAUUGGAUUUGGUGCUUAAGUAUAGAGUGGUCGGUAACGGGACUGAAUUGAGUAUAGACAACAUCGAUUACGCAGAUACGGGUGCGUACAUGUGUCAGGCUUCUAACACGGGCGGAGUCACCAGAGACAUAUCGUCGCUAAUCGUCCAAGAAAUUUUAACGCCUACCGCACCGAAAGAAGAACGCCGAUUUUUCGCCUUCCACGAUUGGGGCAUGUCCGUCUACGAACCCACUGCUUGCCGACUCUAUCACCAAAUCCAAUCAACAGACAUCAUACCGGGAACCCAAGAAUACGUUUGUGGCGAUAAAGGAGUCAACUGCAGUUGGGGUCAAGCUAUAAAUGUAGCCAAUCGUUAUGUUUACGUUUCGCAGCCGCUUAAAGAUAGAGUGUUGGUCAUCAGUAAGAUCCAGAUGGUCGUCGUUGAUGUCGUCAUUACGGACAAAUAUCCCGUGGCUUUGCACUAUGUUGCGCAUCUAGACCAAGUGUGGGUAUUGAACUGGAGAAGCGUGUAUGACGACGGUGUGAAAACAAUACAAGUGAUCAGAGACGCGUCGCAAAAAAGAAAACACCAUACCGUACAUCCCGAACCAAUAGAUGGCCAGUUCGAUUUAGUCAAAGAUCUGUUCAUGCCCACUGCACAAGACUUGAGUCAUUGGUUUAAAUACGGUUACGUGAGCCACGCCAACCAAAGAGGACUUUACAAACUAGAUUUAGCAAACAUGCGAUAUAUACGAAGUAUAGAUCUUUCGCCCUACAACUGCGUACCUCGAACACUGCAGUUUUCAUCUUUAUAUGGAUUUGUCAUCAUAGAAUGCGAGGAACCUGGCACUGGACACGCAACGGGCCAAGUAAUUGUAGAUUAUUUGACCGAUACAGUUGUCAACAAAAAGGCGACUGUCAGGGGAAGUCCUUUGGUCUCGCCAGAUAGCAGAAUCGUUGUAUCUAUAGACAGAGCUUCCGAUGGCGUGACCUUAGUGGUUCAACAGGUUUUAGAAUCUGGACUUAAGUUUUCUUUCGAUGUCAAGACCACGUUAAUGAUAAGCGACAUAGCAUUCUAUCCAUCUCGAACCACACAUGGAUAUGAUUUGUAUGCCAGUGCCUCUGAUAAAGAAGAUAUACUAUUUCUAAAUCUAUCAAAUGGCAAAGUAGAAAUGAUAACCGGCGUGGGAAAAGCCAUGAUGCAGUCGCUGACACAAUGGGGCAACCCAAACCGUCCGAUAGCCGCGUCUGGUAUCUUCGGUCAUUACAUGGUCACACCAGCAAACGAGGCGCUGUUCGUUAUCAAUGGCGAGACGCGAACUGUGAAUUGCGAGAUCGGUGGUCUCGUACAUCCCAGAUUAGUCACGUGGGUCACAAUGCAGCUCCAGUGAACAUAUUAUUAUUAUUUUUAAUAUGUUAUUGUUUACGGAUGGAAAACCGUAGGACUAUCAAAAUAUGGUAAAAAUAAUAAUAAUUAAAAUAAUAAAAAAGUUAAAAAUCGCGUUGUUAUAUUUUUUUCCGAAUAC